AUGGUCGCCGGAUGGCAACGAUUAAACGAAAGGAAGACGCAACCAAAUCCCAAUAUUGUCUUUAUCAAGCCUUUAGAAGGUCCUGAUAAGAAGAUUGCCCAGGAUUUUCUCGAAAGAAUAGCUGCACAAUGUCGCCCCAUUAUGAAAGAACACCAUCUCUACGUCACUUCUCUUGAAGAAUACGAACCAAAUCGUGAAUUCGUCGGACGCAACUUCAAUGCAGGAGAAGUCGUCCAGCUUGUUCUCAAAUCGCCAAGCACUGGCCGUUGGCUUCCAUUCAACUAUGUUCAGAUGGUCAUGAUGCAUGAGCUAGCGCACUGCAAGCAGAUGAACCAUUCACGCGCAUUCUGGGCUGUACGAAACUCAUACGCAUCUCAAAUGCACGAGCUUUGGUCUAAAAAGUACACUGGGGAUGGCCUCUGGGGAAGAGGGGCUAAUCUUUCUACUGGCGAGUGGGAGAAGAACACUGUUCUCGCUGAUGAGGUUCUGCCUGAGCAUCUCUGUGGAGGUACAUACAGAUCACGGCGCAAAAGAAAGGUCAAACCUCAGUUGUCUUAUCAAGAGAGAAAGGAAAGGAGGAUUUUGAAGAAGUUUGGCGCAAAUGGAGUUGCCCUUGGCGCGGAUGAAGUGGAAAAGGUCAAGUUGGAAAGCGGGAAAAAGAUUCAAGCGAAACCUCGAGUUGCUGGAAGCAUGAGAGGACGUGAGCUCCGAGCAGCUGCAGCCCUUGCUCGCUUCGAAAAGCAAAAAGAAGAACCAGACCCCAUUAAGUAUGACGACGAGACGGAAUUUGGCAGCGAUAGCGACUUUGAAGAUGAGCCAGGAGAGGAUUCGAAAGAUGCCAUUGAUGUUGAUGGAAAGAAACUACUAGACGGAAAGGGUCGUGGAAUGGUACGGGUUUGUGAAGAUGAGGACACCGAUGAUCCCGGAGCCAGAGAUGAGACUCAGGAGCUUCAGAGGAUGAUCAGAGGUAUCAAAAGAGAAUCACCCGAACCGGAGAUAUCGGAAGUACUGCAAAGGCCAAACCCUCAAGCCCAAAAGAAGCAAUCACAACCAGCAAUAUCCGUCACGAAGAUCAAAUCAGAGUCAUCCAAAGAGCCUGAACGACCUAAAAUAACAAUCACACCAAGGUCUACCAACAUCAAAGACGCUACAAACGCUACAAAAGAACCGCAAAUGGAAUCUUCAACAACAGCAACAGAAUUGGAUUCCGUGAAUGACCAUUCUUACAUGCGCGAUGUGCGCCAAUGUGCUGGAUUCCUCAGCUCCUGGUUCGUGGCAGUGUUCGAGUGA